AUGCGGUGUCCGGCACCGUUCGCAUCGUUGCCACUGUUGCUUUGGCCCAAACGGCCUGCCGCACCGCGGGUCUUCCAGUGUUGGCGGGCCCUGCGGUCAGGCACCGGGCGCCGCCCCAGCGCCGCCCCAGCGGCGCAGAUGGCCGAGAGUGAGCCGUCCCGGCCGCGACGCUUCACGUUCUCCGAGGGCCCUGAGGCGCCCGGUGCCUCUCCGAGCGCCAGCGCGCCGUCCACGGUGCCGGUGCCGCGGGUGGUGCCGCCGAGCCUGUCGCCGAGCACCUCCUCGGGCGCCGUGCCGCGGUUAGGAGGUUUUAGCAGCACCCCGCCGACGCCCGUCAGACCGCAGCAUGUGCCCCCGGUGCAUCAUUCUCAAUGGUCAUCGCAGCAACAGCCACAGCAGCAGAGUUCCUGGGGCGGCUGGGGCGGUGAUGACUGGGGAGGUGAUUGGGGCUGGGAGGAUUCUCCCUGCGCUGCAGCUGCUGCCAUGUGGGCGGCCUGGGGCAAGGGAGGCGGUGGCUUUGGAGGUCCUCCAAGCUGCGGCGGGGGCGUGAACAUGAUGAUCGGCACUGUGAAGAGCUACAGUGCCGUGAAGGGCUUCGGGUUCAUGAUCCAUCCGGACAUUUCGCAGGACAUUUGGUUUGCAAAGGAAACCGUGGCCGCGGAAUACAGGACCUCGGAUCUCGCGGGCACCACGAUGAGCUUCGAGAUCUUCCGGGCGCCGGACGGCAAGCCGCAGGCCCGAAAUCUGCGGCCUGCGCCUGCCGGUGUCGGCAUGCCCCCACCUCCGGUGAACCCCAAUCAGCACAUGCCAGCGGGCUUCCCGACGCCUGUGCCGGGGCUGGUCCGCCCGGGCUUCCCGCAUCCUCUGCUGCGGCCGGGCUUUCCCAACCCCCUCCUUCGGCCAGCAGUGCCUGGUAUGGCGGUGCCGAGUCAGCCCAAACGACGGGCGUGGUCGCCACACGCCGGUUCGCGGGCGAUUGCGACGGCCUCAAUGGACGAGGAGGUGCCAGGGAUGGGCGGCCCCGUCGCUGAGCCGGUGGAGAAGAAGUCGGAAUCCGAGGAGAAAAGCCCGGAGAGCAGUAGUCGAAGAUCAAGCGAAUCUUCGGAUAGCUCGAGCGAAAGAAAGAAGAAGAAAAAGAAGAAGAAGGAUAAGAAAAAGAAGAAAAAGAAGAAAAAGAAGUCGAAGAAGAGCGACGUCAGCGACGUGUGUUCCAGUAGUAGUCUCGAGGAGGUGAGGAGCAGGAGCCGGAGCCCCAAAAAGGUGGAGGUGAAAGGCAACUCAAAGGACAAGGCCAAGAGCACUCCUGAGAUCGAGCAGGCGAAGCUUGAAGCGCUGGAGAAGCUCAGGAAGCUGCAGUCCUUGGAGCCAAAAGAGGCGAGAGCUAAGGAGUGGAGAGCCUUGCUCAGGGACUGGCAUCCUGACAAGAAUCCCGACAAGGUGGAGGUCGCCAAGGAGGUCUUCCAAUUCCUCCAGAAGGGAAAGACAAUUAUCAAUGUCUGA